AUAUUUAAAUUCUGGGGCCUUGUUUUUAGAUGUUGUACCACCUCUAUUCUUGAGCUGUCCAUUAGACAUCGCUGUAAGCUUGGAGAACGACUCAAAAGCGGAAGCAAAUUGGACAAUUCCUGUGGCAUCAGACAACAGCAAUCUGGCACCGAUAGUCACCGUCUCACCAAAGGGUAUUCAUCCACCUCACUCGUUUAGCGAAACCACAAGAGUCGACUACACCGCCGUAGAUUCAGCAGGAAACAUUGCAAAAUGCUCUUUUAAAAUAGAAGUAGAAGAUAAUGAAGGCCCUGAAGUUGUUUACUGUCCUCCUGAUAUGGAACUUGUUGCCACAAGAAUGACAACAAUUGUAAAAUGGAAGCAGCCGCAAUUUAAAGACAACAGCAACGAACCCUUGAAUAUCCGCUGCAGUCACAAAAGUGGCUCACUGUUCUACUGGGGAACUUGGAAUGUACAAUGUUCAGCUCACGAUAGCAACAUAAAUAAUGACCCUGCAUUGUGCAAGUUUACAAUAACUGUUAAACCAAACGACUGCCCCGACAAAAGGCCACCUAAGAAUGGCGCGAUGUCUUGCGAUGACUGGGCUCUAGGCCGGUAUUGUGUUCCAUUUUGCAAUGAUCGCUGGGAUUUUGUGCAGCCAUUAUCUGUUUUUGUCAUAUGGGUUUGCGGUGCAAAAGGAAAGUGGGCACCACCUGCACACUGGCCAGACUGUUCAUUACCAUAUCAGCCAUCUCAAGUCAGAAGAGCGGGAGCAUUGCAUUAUUACACUGGAGAUUGCACGACUCCUGAGGCUCAAGCGCAGAUAAAGACCCAGUUCAUACAAAUAUUAAACACAACAGCUAUGGAAAUGAUUUGCAAUGACCCGGUCUAUCGUGACAAAUGUAAAGCGGAAAAUGUGAAAGUGACGUGCGGUCUGGUUGACAUAGGCGUGAACAGAAACAGAAGAGAAGCAGGUGGUAAGAUCUUCACCAUGAGACACCGAAGAGCAGUUCCUGUGGCGAAAAUUACUUUUGAAAUUGUUGUGGACCUUGAUGACAUCGUCACGGACAAUACGAAACAAAGUAAAGUAAAGCUUGGAGAUUCAGGAGUACAAAUUGCCAAAAACAUAAGCAAGCAAAUUGCACGAGCUGUGGAUGAUGAAAGCAUUUCCUUAACUUUAAAUGGAAAGAAGAUUCUGCCAGAUAAAAAGUCUUUAAACUUUUCCCAACCUAAAAAGGUCUGCUCCAAAGGACAAACUUUCAGAGAUGGAUUUUGUCUAAAUUGUACAGCAGGGACAUUUUUGAACAAAAAACUUGGUACAUGCGAAGAUUGUGCCAUAGGAUUUUAUCAGGAACAGGACGCACAGAUCGAGUGUAACAAAUGUCCUCCUGGCACCUCCACAGCAGAAGUGAGGACGGAUAAUAGCUUCAGCUGCUUGGCUGUUUGUGGAGCUGGUACAUUCUCACCCACUGGAUUGGAACCAUGCAUUCGUUGCGAAAAAGGGCGUUUUCAAGAGCGAAAAGGGCAGAACUUCUGCACGAAAUGUAAGGAGGGGCAGACAACGUCGUCUGAGGGCUCCAACAGCUCUGCAGAUUGUGGAAUUGCUUGCCCAAUGGGCUCCUUUUCUGCAACUGGACUAGAGCCAUGUACCUUAUGCGACAGGCGCUCUUUUCAACCAAACACAGGAAGGCGCGAAUGUUUGUCAUGUCCUGGUUCUACUGUGACAAAGGUGCAAGGGUCGAAGAGCCGUCUGGACUGCCUGGAAAUCAACGAAUGUGACUCAAGUCCUUGCAUAAACAACUCCACGUGUAAAAGCCUCGUUGCGGACUAUUUAUGUUCAUGUCCCCUUGGAUUUGCGGGAAAACAAUGUGAAAUAAACAUCGAUGACUGUAAAGAUGAGCCAUGCCUGAACAAUGGAACUUGCCAUGACCUUGUGAACGGCUUUAUCUGCGCGUGCGCCAGCGGUUUUGAAGGAAUAAACUGUGAAAAAGACGUUGACGAAUGUUUAUCAUUGCCAUGCCUCAAUAACGCUUCUUGCAGUAAUGUGCCGGGAGAUUUUACUUGCCUCUGCGAACCCGGUUUUACCGGCGUGUUAUGUGAUGUAGAGAUUGACGAAUGUUCCUCAUCACCGUGUCUGAACGGAGCAACCUGCGUGGACAAAAUUUUUGGGUAUGAAUGUGUUUGCGAUAGAGGGUUUCAAGGGACUGACUGUGAGGAUAAACUUGAGGCAUGUGCAUCGUUUCCGUGUCAAAACGGGGCCAGAUGUGUGGAUGGAACUAACAAUUAUCAGUGCGUUUGUUCAGUAGGGUAUAAAGGACAGCAGUGUGAGACAAACAUAGAUGAUUGCUCAACUAUCCCUUGCCUUAACAAUGCCACCUGCGUUGAUGGAAUCAAUGGAUAUUUCUGUCAUUGUGAAAAUGGCUUCACAGGUAAGACCUGUGAGAUCGAAAUUGAUGAAUGUCUUUUGGAUGUCUGUGAGAACAAUGGGACAUGCAUAAAAACAGACAAUGAUAACCACAAGUGCGAAUGUAAGCCAGGAUUUGACGGGUUAUAUUGUGAAAACAACAUUGACGACUGUGCAUCAAAUCCUUGCUCAAACCAAGCUACAUGUCAGGAUGAAGUAAAUAAUUUUACCUGCAGUUGUCCGCCAGGAUAUACGGGAAAGGACUGUAAUGUGGACAUCGAUGAGUGUGAAUCGUUGCCAUGCUUAAAUAAUGCAACGUGUUUGGAUGAUUUAAACUCUUUUACAUGUCAUUGUGUGGAUGGUUUUGAAGGUGCCCUUUGUGAAACUGAAAUAGACGAAUGCGCAAGCUCUCCAUGUGGUAACACUGGCUAUUGUAUUGAUCAGGUGAAUGAUUACAGAUGUAAGUGUUUCUAUGGUUUUACUGGCAUAAGUUGUGAAAUAAAUAUUGAUGAGUGUGGCACUAACCCAUGUCUCAAUGAUGGAACUUGUGUAGACUCGCUUGGAGGCUUCAAAUGCGCCUGUAAGACCGGUUACGCUGGAAACGAUUGCAGUGUUGACACAAACGAUUGUUGGAGUUUCCCUUGCUACAACAAUGGAACGUGUGUUGACAAGGUGAAUCAUUACGUAUGCGAAUGCGCUGAAGGUUUCGUGGGAUCACGCUGUGAAACGAAUGCUGUUGAUUGCUUUGAAAAUCUUUGCUUGAAUGGAGGUGUCUGUAGAGAUGGAAUAAACAGCUACACCUGCGAUUGCGCUUCUGGUUUUUGGGGACAACAUUGCGAAAUUGAAAUUAAUGAAUGCGACUCAUAUCCUUGUUUCUACGGGGGAUCUUGCCAUGAUGAGGUUAAUGGUUUCCGUUGCACCUGUCUAACUGGUUUUACAGGCAGUCAGUGUGAAGAAAACAUCAACGACUGCGAGCUAAAUCCUUGCGCCAACAAUGGAACUUGUCUAGAUCAAGUGGGCUAUUAUACGUGUGACUGUCCUGAGGGAUUUACGGGUACUCGAUGCGAAAAGACUAUAGACUACUGUGCAGACGUUGAGUGUGAACACAAUGGCAAAUGUAUUAAUUCACCUAAGGGGUAUCAAUGUGAAUGCCUUAAUGGUUAUUUUGGAGAAAUGUGCCAGCUCGAGAUAGAUGAAUGUUACAUCCAGCCAUGUUUUAACGAUGCAACCUGUAUCGAUGGUGUCAAUAGUUUUACAUGCCUGUGCCCUAAAGGAUUUACUGGAGAGUUCUGCGAAUACGACAUUGACGAUUGUGCCAACAAACCCUGCAAAAACAGUGUAGCUUGUGCAGAUUACAUCAAUGGAUUUACAUGCAUUUGUUCUGAGGGCUACAAUGGAACUUUAUGCGAGAAUGACAUAGACGAAUGCGAGUCUAGUCCCUGUUUAAACAACGGAACGUGCAAAAAUUUGGCUCCAGGAUAUAAAUGCGAUUGUCUAGACAUAUUUGCAGGAAAGAAUUGUGAGACUGAAUGGGACGCAUGCCAAUCCAGACCCUGUCGAAAUGGCGGAAAUUGCUCAAUUGACUAUUUCAAAGGCACCUUCCUUUGUACCUGCCCGCCUGGUUUUACUGGAUUGCAGUGUGNA